GUGUGUGCUUCCGGCAACGUUUUUUCGCACGGUGCAUCUUUUCACCAUCCCUCAGCGGAUUUCACCCAGUCGCCCCGGCUGGAAGGAUUCUCGCAGGGCGCAGGUGACAAGCUGGCACGCCUGGCGUGGCGGAGUUGCUUUGCGCGCCAGCCCGCAGCAGGACAGCGACGCGGAGGACUGGCUCGCCAAGAGCCGCGAGGAGGUGGAGGGGUUCAAGAAAACUCAGGUUGCCAGUUGGACAGAGGCCGUGUUGGUGGACGGUGGGCUUGAAGCAGAUGACGAGCUCAUCCAGCAGACGGUGACGACACUGCAGCAGCAGGGCGUCACCGGCAAGGCCCUGCUGAAGCUCACGCUGGAAGAGCUGAUCGCAGCUACAUUCCCGCUGGGACCUGCAAAGCUUCUGGCCGAGAAGAUCCGGCUGUUGAAGGGGCCUCAGGCGUGA